CUGUGCAUGACACUGUGGUCUGGCAGCGUGGGGAUACAACCAUCUCUACAGACAAAAGGGCCCGAAUACAUGCUUCUGGGAAUGAACUUUGGUUUCUGCCCUGCAUCCAUUGAGGACAAUGGAAAUUAUACAUGCAUCCAUCCUGAGUAUGCUCCUAAUACGGUGAGUGUCAUAAUAAAUCCAAAUAUAGAAGGCACUUGUUAUUAUGAAGAUGCUCUUUAUUUGGAAACAACUGGAAGCCCUGGAUCCGCUAAAAUAUUCUGCCCUUCUUAUAAUGACUAUGAGAACGCAUCUGAUACGAAGUGGUUCAAGGACUGUACACUUCUUCAUGGAGCAAGGUACAAAGCGGUUAAAAACAUCCUUUACAUUUCUGAUGCAAUUAAAAGUGACAGUGGAUACUAUACUUGCCAGUUUACAUACCACCAUGGUGGAAGAGCAUUUCCAGUAACAGCAACAACGCCUUUUACAAUUACAGAUUCCUUUUUACUGACAUCUCCUAAAGUUUUAUAUCCAAAGGAUGGUGAUGUUAUAGAAGUAGAGAUUGGUUCUCCUGCGCAACUUUUAUGUAAGGCAUGGCUGGGCCACGGAAAGCAAGACAUAGCCAUAAGCUUUUGGGAAUUCGAUGAAGCAAACGAUUCCAACCGCUUUGUUACAUCCAAUAAAUCGUAUAUGGUACCUGGCGAAGGACAGUUUGCGGAGGCUGAAUUAAGCAUCACAGAAGUGAGAGAAGAAGACCUCAGCUUAACCUUUAGAUGUGUCCUGGCCAAUGAUCUGGAGUUCGAAACAACAGAAGUGACACUGGUGCCCAAAGGGGCAGGUGAAGGUCAUAGCAACACCUACGUGAUUGUGGUGUUUGCUAUUUUAGCAGGUCUUACAAUGAUCUUGGUGAUGGUUUACCAUGUUUUUCGUGUUGACAUUGUCUUAUGUGUCCGAAGGACAUUUAACUGCAAUAAAUCUAGAGAUGUACAACCAAAUGAAUUCUGCAUUUCUAACUUGAAAAAUAACAGCUUUCUAAAAUUCAUACUUCAGCUUUGCACCUAUUUCUUGUUUUAUUUCGCAGAUGGGAAAGCACAUGAUGCAUAUGUUAUCUAUCCCACAAAUGACACUUAUGAAAAUAAUUUUAUGGGCUCUUUUGUUCAUCAGAUUCUACCGGAGGUUUUAGAAAAACAAUGCGGGUAUAGAUUGUGCAUUUAUGGGAGAGACGUGUUGCCUGGAGAAGAUGCUAUUAGUGCAAUUGAAAGCAGAAUACAAAAGAGCAGAAGACUGAUCAUCCUUCUAACAGAAUGGCUGGCCAAGAGGGAACAUUUUGCGUACGAGCAUCAGAUCGCAUUCUACAACGUCCUCAUCCAAAAUAACGUGAAAGUGAUUCUGUUGGAAAUGGAGGAAAUUGGGGACUACGAACGGCUGCAGGAGUCUCUCAGGCACCUCAUUCACCAGCAAGGAACUAUAAAAUGGAGAGCAAAAUACAUGGCCUCUCCAUCCUCACCCAACACUGCCUUUUGGAAGCACGUGGAAUACCAAAUGCCAUGGAGGCGUCGUUCAAAGAAGCCAACCACAGCGAAUCCUGCAUAUGGUUUGCUGUAAACAAGCCCGCAAAAGCGACUAGCUUCCAUGAAUGUUCGCUAGUUCGCUGUGAGCCUCUUACAGCAGCCUGCUACAUUUCUUUGCUAGGUGUAAGGGGAAGGGUGGAGCACUCUGGCUCGCGGCCUGCAGUUCCCUGUUGCUUGUGGCUAUCAGGCUAGCACUUAAAUUUUGAGACAGCAAAAUGAUCUGCACGCUUUAUGUCUUCUUUUCAAAAUGUAUUUUAA